AUGUCAUCUCCGGAUUCGCUGAGAUGGGACAGAGGCCAGGCCUGGACCCAGAGCAGAGACACCCCCCCAGACACAAGAGAGGACAUUUCUUCAAGCAAAGUAAGAGGAGUAAGUUACGGUAACACAGAGAUCAUGGAUGGUCAUGAAGAGAUCUCUCGCCUUCUUGAGGUUGAAAAAACCCUGGAAGAGCAGCUGAAAGUCAACGCUGAACAGAAGCAGAGACUGAAUGAGCUGCAGCAGACGAUCCACGAGCAAGACGCCAAAGUCAAUGAGCUCGAGGAGUUCUUGGAGCAAAGAGACGCCCUCAUCGACUUCGGGAAAGGUCUGCUCCAGAAAAAGGACAAAGACACCAAGGAUCUGGCUCGGGAGGUCCGCAACAGGGUCAAUGCUUAUGUGGGAGACCUCAUGAAGGAAAAGAUUGAACUCCAGAAUUGCUGUGUCUUCUUAAAGAAAGACCAGGCCUAUCUGCGAGACCAGCUGGACCAAGCGGACGAGCAGCAUCAGCAAGACCAGGAUCGAAAUGAGAAGCUUGAGGCUGAAGUUUCAAAAAUGAAAAAUCAACUGAAGCGGCAGGAACUGACAGAACAGGAACUCACACAGACUGUUCUAGAAAGAAACGCCCUCCAGAGGACAGUAGAUGAACUGAAGGAGUUCUUGGAGCAGAGAGACGCCCUCAUCGACUUUGGGAAGGAUCUGCUCAAGGAGAAGGACAAAGACUCCAAGGAUCUGGCUCGGGAGGUCCGCAACAGGGUCAAUGCUUAUGUGGGAGACCUCAUGAAGGAAAAGAUGGAACUCCAGAAUUGCUGUGUCUUCUUAAAGAAAGACCAGGCCUAUCUGCGAGACCAGCUGGACCAAGCGGACGAGCAACAUCAGCAAGACCAGGAUCGAAAUGAGAAGCUUGAGGCUGAUGUUUCCAAAUUUAAAGACAAACUGAAGCGGCAGGAACUGACAGAACAGGAACUCACACAGACUGUUCUAGAAAGAAACGCCCUCCAGAGGACAGUAGAUGAACUGAAGGAGUUCUUGGAGCAGAGAGACGCCCUCAUCGACUUUGAGAAGGAUCUGCUCAAGAAGAAGGACAAAGAGUUCAAGGAUCUGGCUCAGGAGUUUCAAAAUAAGGUCAAUGCUUAUGUGGGAGACCUCCUGGAGAAUUACAUCCAUCUAAAGGUUCACUGUGUGGACUUGGAGGACGAUGCAGUAUGUCUGCAACAACAACUAGACAAAGCAGACCAGCAACAUUUAGAAGAUGAAGUUAGAAAUGCGGAGCUGGAAUCUGAACUCGCGAAGACAAAGAAGCUCCAGCAACACCAGCAGCAGAGGAUCCAGGAGCUCGAAAGAACAAGUCAGGAUCUGGAGGAGCAGUUGGACGAGGCGGAGAGAUGCCACAUUCAAGACGCGGUGGAAAACCUGAAGAAUGUGGGUGAACUUGGAGAGACACAAAGAAAACUGAAAAAGUCUGAAGCUGAGAACGAGGCCCUGAAAACAGAGAUACAGAAUGAGCAGGACAAGAUUAAGAAGAAGACAAAGAAGAGGAGCUGGUGGAAGUGUUGGGAGUAA